AUGAAACGAAACAGAGGCGGAAAGAACAAGACAGACGGAGGGCAAGACGGAGGGCAAGACGGAGGGCAAGACGGAGGGCAAGACGGAGGGCAGACGGAGGGCAAGACGGAGGGCAAGACGGAGGGCAAGACGGAGGGCAAGACGGAGGGCAAGACGGAGGGCAAGGCGGAGGGCAAGGCGGAGGGUCAGCUGCCAUCCCAGAUCAUCGCGCCACGCAAAUCAGCUGACAGACAACCGAGAUCCUAUCGUCAGCAGAGACGAGAGGGGCCUCCCGUCAACCUUACGGACCUGGGAGCUGACAGUGCACUGCAUCGACGCCCCAUGGCAGCCACCAACAUGCCUGUCAUCAUUAUCAUGCACAUGCUUUGCCAGCCAGCGCGCCAACCAGCCAGCCACCUGCCCAGCAUCUGCAUGGCGGCCGGGAGGCGCUCAGACGACGACGACGACGACGAAAUUGGUGUGACAAGCGACAGCAGCAAGAGCAGCAGCAGCAGCCCAGGCGGUGGCAACAGCAAGAGCAACCUCAGCAACAUGCAGCAAAUCGCCCCGACGCCCGGAGCCGCCCCGGACGGCGCGGCAAAUCAAACAUCAUCUUUCAACCUGUUUGCUCUACCCAUUUCUGUCACCAUCCUCACUCCCAUUCUUACCAUCACCAUUAAGAAAACUGCCAUCGCCAGCAAUCAAUGCUCAUUAUCCUCACCAUCGUCACCAACACCAUCGUCCUCGGAAUCCUCCCCUUCCUCCCCACCUUUCCAUUCACGUUCCCCCUUCUCACCUGGACGGACUUACAAGACAACAAGCAAAGAGCAGGGAACAACGUGCCACACACUUACCAGUCCUCCUGGAGGUGAGCAAGCUGAUCUGAUUGUUCGAAAGAAACUGCCUUUCCACUCUGAUUCAUCCUACUUAUCCACUGACGAAUGUCCUUAUGCUCUCAUAUCAAGCUUGCCUUAUACUCCCCCCCCCCUCCCUCGCCAAUCCCCAUCCUCUCAGCCCAGAUUUGUCGCCCUCACUGCGACGCGACAACAACGGGCGGGCAAAAAGGGCGUGGUUGGUUGCAUACUCAAGAUUAUGUGGGCGCAGUACUUCUUACUGAGCAACAACGACAAUGGAAUGGGACUGCCACAACAACAGAAGCGGAUUUAUUACAUCAGAACAAACCCUCCCAAAAACUCAAAACAAAAACUGAACAAUAAAAAACUAGCGGGCGCAGAGGUAGGUGUAUCGUCCUUGCGUGCCAUGGGUGCCAAGGGUGCCACGGCCCACCAAGGCGCCCCUGCCCUGCCCUGCGCCUCCCGUGGGUGGGGCUCCGCUAGCACAGCCAAGGCGCCCCUGCCCUGCCCUGCGCCUCCCGUGGGUGGGGCUCCGCUAGCACAGCCAAGGCGCCCCUGCCCUGCCCUGCGCCUCCCGUGGCACAGCCAAGGCGCCCCUGCCCUGCCCUGCGCCUCCCGUGGGUGGGGCUCCGCUAGCACAGCCAAGGCGCCCCUGCCCUGCCCUGCGCCUCCCGUGGGUGGGGCUCCGCUAGCACAGCCAAGGCGCCCCUGCCCUGCCCUGCGCCUCCCGUGGCACAGCCAAGGCGCCCCUGCCCUGCCCUGCGCCUCCCGUGGGUGGGGCUCCGCUAGCACAGCCAAGGCGCCCCUGCCCUGCCCUGCGCCUCCCGUGGGUGGGGCUCCGCUAGCACAGCCAAGGCGCCCCUGCCCUGCCCUGCGCCUCCCCACAGAACCACAGAGCAACCCAAUGCCGCAGCGCCUAUUUCCCACCGCCCACAGCUCGUGCCGACCACGUGCCGUGGGCGUGGGCCGCUCCUUUGUGCCCCUAACCCCCUCCCUCCGAAGGAAUCGCCUCAGCUGGACCGCCUUACGUCACCGUGGACAUUCACCUUCCCAAACAGCUGGCGACUCGAAGCAAGAUGCGGCCCACUCCCCCUCCCCCUACAUCCCCCGAGGCAUCGACAACAGGUUUUGGGCCGGAACUAGCUCUAGCAAGAGCCCGGCCUCCUCUCGCCUCCAACAGGAGUCCAAGGAGGGGGGGAGUAAUCUCGCAGGACGCACUCAGGGGACCCGUGGGAAGGAGAAGAAAGCGACCAAGAAGUCAAUGUCAUCACUUGCCAUCCAACCCAACCCUCUGCUGAGUCUCACCCUCAGCAGCACAGCCUACAUGUUCGGGUGGCAGGGGGAGGCGCAACUAGGCAUCGACCCUGACAGAACUUAUCCAGUUAUUAAAUGGACAAUGGACCGUUUGGAAUCUCCUUUAAUUGGACACUAA